GACUUCCACGCGAACCAGCUGGAGGAAGACCUGGGCGGCGCCCGACCACUGGAGGAGGUGCUCUUCCCGUUCCCGCUGCAGGGCGGGCCCUUCGAGCCCGGCGCGGACGGCGGCGGCGCGACGGAGUCCGUGAAGGGAGGCCACCGCGUGCUCACCGCGGACGGCGCCAGGGGCCGGCUGUGGGACAAGGCGCGGUCGAGGGAGGACAACUUCGCGCUCGACUUCGCGCCGGAG